AUGCCACCAACACCUUGCCGAACAACUAACUGCUACCAACAAAUUGCGCCACAACACCAACAACUUGCAAAAAAAAAAAAAAAAAAACAACUGCCACCAACACCUUGCGCAACAACCAACUGCCACCAACAACUUUCACAAGCAACAAUUUUCACAACAACCAACUGCCAUCAACAACUUUCACAACCAACAAUUUUCACAACAACCAACUGCCACCAACACCUUACGCAACAACCAACUGCCACCAACAAAUUGCGUAACAACAACAACUUGCACGACAACAACUGUCACCAACAACUUUCACAACCAACAAUUUUCACAACAACCAACUGCCACCAACACCUUGCCGAACAACCAACUGCCACCAACAAAUUGCGUAACAACAACAACUUGCACGACAACAACUGUCACCAACAACUUGAACAACAACCAACUGCCACCAACAAAUUGCGUAACAACAACAACUUUCACAACAACCAGCUACCACCAACAACUUGA